AAAUAAACAACGUAAAAUCGUAUCGUAUCGCUCCAAGGGCAAGUGUUUCCAGUAGUGUAUCAAUUAGAACCGAAGUGACCAUGGCGAGCGUGGACAGAAACCUCGAAGAGCUAAUGGCUCACUUGGGCGAGUUCGGUAAAUACCAGUGCUGGCAAUUCUCUCUGCACAUAAUCGGUGCCUUGACAGCAGGUCUCCACAUGCUAACACUGCUGACGGUCGCCGCUGUGCCGCCACAUAAGUGCAACAUCCCCGAAUCCACGUCUAUGAUAGACUCGUUCAACAUGACGUCCUCCACGUGGAAUUCAUCCGCGCUACUAGAGGGUCUUCCUCGAGCCAUCGACUCCUGCCGCUACCUAGACGCCAAUAAUACAAUUCAAAACUGCGAAUCGUGGACCUACGACACCCAGUACUUCAAAUCGUCGCGUGGAAUGGAAUGGAACUUUGUCUGCUCGCAGCGAUGGAUGGGCUCGGUAGCCCAGUCCACCUACAUGUUCGGAGUGUUCAUCGGUGCUGUAACGUUGGGUAGCUUGGCGGACAAGUACGGACGAAAGAUAAUAUUCUACGUGUCCUCCGUGGCGCAGCUGAUCCUUGGAGUGUCCGUGGCCUUGGUUAACAACUACUACGUCUUCCUCGUUCUGCGAUUCCUAUACGGCAUAUUCGGUUCAGCAGGUGCCUAUAUAACAGGAUUCGUCCUCACGAUGGAGCUGGUGGGACCGUCAAAGAGGACCGUCUGCGGAGUGAUGUUCCAACUAGCUUUCGCCGUUGGUUUUAUGCUGGUUGCCGUGUGGGGAGCCGUGAUCAAGGACCGAGUGUGGCUGCAGAUCGCCUACGGGCUUCACAGCGCCCUUCUCGUCGGUCACUGGUGGCUCAUGGACGAGUCGCCUAGGUGGCUUUGGGCCCAAGGUCGAGUCAGCGAAGCCUUAGUGAUCGUGCGCAGGGGCCUGAACAUGAACGGUAACAACGUGGACAUAGACGCUGCGAAAAUGGUUAGCGAGGCGAAGGUGCAGAGCGCGGACAAGGAAGACCGAUCGUACGGGGCCCUGGACCUCUUCAAGACGCCGAAUCUCAGGAAGAAAACGUUGAACGUGUGUCUGAAUUGGUUCGCCAACUCUCUAGUUUAUUACGGGCUGUCGCUGAACGUGGGCAACCUGGUGGGUAACCCAUACUUAAUGAUGUUCCUGAGCGGAUUGGUCGAACUGCCGUCGUACAUUCUGAUGUUCUUUCUGAUGGACCGCACCGGAAGAAGGUGUAUGGUCAGCACCUUCAUGUUGAUCGGCGGCGUGUGCUGCAUAAUCGCGUCCAGUAUUCCAACUGGGUCCGACAUGGCUGCCACCGCUAUCGUGGUCAUCGUCCUCUUCGGGAAGGCCUGCAUCGCUGGCUCCUUCGCGGUCAUUUACAAUUACACCGCGGAACUGUUCCCAACAGUGGUCAGGAACACCGCUCUGGGAAUAGGCUCGAUGUGCGCGCGUCUCAGCGGUGCUCUAACUCCCAUGAUCAUGCUGUUGGAUUCCUUGAAUCCCAAAGUGCCGGCGAUACUGUUCGGUUUCGUCGCUCUGGUGUCCGGUCUGCUGUCGUUGUACUUGCCCGAAACGGUGAACCAGCCCAUGCCCGAGACCAUCGAGGACGGUGAGAACUUUGGCAAGGACGACACGUGCUUCACCACGUGCUUGGGAUCCAGCAGAAAAGACAGCACCACUUACGAAGUCACGAUGAGCCAGCUGGGCGACAAGGAGGAAAAGGAGAGAUUGAAUCAGAGCGGAGAGACCGCGUAACGAACUUCCUCUUGAUGUUCAAGUUCGACGAAUGGCGACGCUUUGUUGCCGGAGUGAUGUACGAGCAUCGAACGACAGACUGAAUUUGUUGCGGUACUGUUUUGUAACUCGGCAUUGCAGAAGCGUAUGGUUACAAGCACUUGUGUUUGUUUAUGGUUUCUCGAGUUCUCGACGACGAUUGGAGAAUAGGACUACCGUUCCAACGCGCUGGCGCCGUUGUUUGCAUACACGUUAAGCGUAAAUGUACUUGCGUUUACCGGCCAUAAUUUGAAAAGCCUUGGAUCGCGUCUCGUUGCUUCGCGUGUGUUACGAGUCGCUGUUAAACUCUGAACGACUUGUUGCGUGGAUAAACGUUCUAGUUAAGAGCUAGAUAAGAAGUGUUUCGAAAUGAAUAUUACCCUCUUGAACAGAGUGAUAGUGGCUAAGUUAGAGACGUUUUCGACUAAGAAUAUGAGUUGCAUCUUACCGUUUCUACGUAUAAGUUAAACCUAGAGCUACCGACUAUUAUGAUUUCUGCAAUAUUUUAUAAAGUAGAUAUGGAACAAGCAAAUCAAUUCGUGAGUAUACAGGGUAGAGCCAGUAAGUGUAACAAGUCAUAACUUCAUUAUCAGUACUAUUGGAAUAAAAUGUCAAAGGAAAUUUAUGAAUAGUUCAGUAGGAGAGACCGUGGUCAAUUGAACUAUGAAUCGACAAAAACAUGUAAACUAACUUUGAAAUGGUUAGUGAUAAGGACGGGGCGUUGAGAUUGAAUAAUUGUCUCUGUGACAAAUGCAUUAUCAAUAAUUUAGUCAUUGUUCAAAAUGUUCAGAAUAUACAGUGGAUGUAGAAAGUAUUCUUACACCGAUCAAUUUUCAACAAAACUAUGUGAACUUGUAAUUUAUUAACUUCUUUUUUAUAAGCAAUGAUAUUCUAUGUAUUCAUGAAAAUCUCUAGAAUAGAUAUAGAAUAAAACU